CGCCCCCGUGCCCGCCCUUCCGCUUCCCGCCCGUGCCGGCGCUGCCGCCGCUCCGUGUCUCUGAGGGGAGGACGCCCGCGGGGCUCGCCAGCCGGCCGCCAGGAUGUCGUACAUGCUGCCGCACUUGCACAAUGGGUGGCAGGUGGACCAGGCCAUCCUGUCGGAGGAGGACCGGGUCGUGGUCAUCCGCUUCGGGCACGACUGGGACCCCACGUGCAUGAAGAUGGAUGAAGUCCUGUACAGCAUCGCCGAGAAGGUUAAAAACUUCGCUGUUAUUUAUCUUGUGGACAUCACAGAAGUACCAGACUUCAACAAGAUGUACGAGUUGUAUGAUCCGUGUACCGUCAUGUUUUUCUUCAGGAACAAACACAUCAUGAUUGAUUUAGGUACAGGUAAUAACAACAAGAUCAACUGGGCAAUGGAAGAUAAGCAGGAGAUGAUUGACAUUAUAGAAACUGUUUAUAGAGGAGCCCGCAAAGGUCGAGGUUUGGUGGUAUCGCCGAAAGAUUAUUCCACUAAAUACAGAUAUUGAUGUUUCUUUGGGCUGCCAUUUUCAUAAUCCUAUGUCCACUUAAAUUUAUUUCUGUGUAUGUGUGUACAUAUAUGUAUAUUAAAAGAAAAAAAACAAACUACAA